AUGCCCAAAAGGAAGAAGGAUUCCGACGAAUACAUCUUAAAAAAGUUAAGAAAACUUGAAAAAAAGAUCGCAAAAAGAAAUCAUCGCAGAUCGAGCACUACAUCUUCAUCGCCGUCAUCAGACUUGCCGACGCCGGCGCCGGCGCCGCCAAUGGAAUCACAACAAAUCGAAGACAUUGAAGAUGUAUGCGAUAAUACCGAUAAUAUUAAAGACACACAGCCUGAAAUGGCGAAUCUUACCGAGGAUUUAAUGGCUCACCAAGAUCUUAUAGACCAACGAGAGCUACUACUUGAUGUUCCUGAACAUGAUCUGGAUGAUUCUAUUUUAAAGGUCCUUGGUAACAGCCAUGAAAAACCACAACAAUGGGGCAAGAAAAUUCAUAAUCAGAUUGCUGAAAGGUGGGAGAGUGUGUUAAUGAAUGGUCUUGAUAAACAAGAAAAGGAAGACAUGCUGAAGCAAAGCACAUAUCUACCUCCGGAGAACUGUCCACAUCUUAUUGUGCCUAAAUUAAAUCCAGAAACGGCAGCCGCAUGUUCAGAACUUAGUCGCAAGAAGGAUGGAUAUAUUGAAAUAAGACAAAAGAUGCUUAGUGCAAGCAUUAGUGGACUUGCCUGUGCUUUAGAAAAGGUGAUAAAUGAGGUAGAACCUAAUGAUGUGAAAUUACAACUUCUCGAGGUUAUAAAUAACACCGUGAAGAUUUUAGCCGAUACAUUCUACAAUGAAAAUAAAUCUCGGAGAAUGCUAAUACUUUCUGGUUUAGACAAGGAGAUAAGAGAUACACUCAUUGAAACUCAACCAGAUAAAUAUCUGUUUGGUGAAAAUUUAUAUGAAAAAAUUAAAACGGCUAAAACAAUGGGAAAAACUGGACGCGAGAUUAGAUUUCAACCAAAAGCCCCCAAGACAAACUUCCCAAAGCAACCUUCAAACUGGAAGGGCCCACCUCGGCAGGUACAGAGAACUCAGGAACCUCGUGCCAUGAAACACCGCGGCAGUGGGCCUCGACCAGCUCCGACAAAGAGAACUUCAGCAUCCAACAAGGGUUACCGGAAGCAGUACUCUUCAAGUCACCAUCGUCAUCACCAGCGCUGACUCAAGUUGGCAGAUGCAGGAGAUCUGCAUCCUCUGCGAUCAACGCUACAAUUAGCUGCAGGAAUCUUAUCCGGGAAGCAUUCAUGAGGCGCGGGAUGUCAUCUGCGUCUGCAGAUAUCAUGUUGGCGUCCAUCACUGAAUCAACGCUGAGGCAAUAUCAUUCUGCUCUAAAUGCUUGGUGUGAGUAUUGCACACUAAAUAACAUAGAUAUUUAUAAUGGUUCUAUACCAAAUAUAAUUGCAUUUUUGACAUAUAAAUUUCAUAGCGGUUCAUCCUACAGUACUCUUAACUCCAUAAAAUCUGCGUUAACACUCAUCAUAGGUCCUAGAUUGUCCGAAGAUGAUAGAGUCAAACGUUUUCUGAGAGGCGUUUUUAAAUUAAGGCCCUCUAUGCCCAAAUAUGAACAGAUAUGGGAUGUGUCAGUAGUACUUAAUUAUUUAAGAAGCUUAGGCCUGAAUAGCAGUCUGUCAUUGAAAGAGCUGAGUAAAAAGACUGCCACAUUGCUUGCCAUUGCAACAGGACAUAGAAUACAAACUUUUUCUUUAAUAAAGAUACAACAUAUUGCAAAGUCUAGUACUAAAUUAGAAAUUAAAAUUCCAGACGCAAUAAAAACUACUAGCCCAGGUCGUUGCCAACCAAUUUUAGUUUUACCAUUUGUUAGAGAUGACCUGGUUAUUUGUCCUGCCCAAGCAGUGCUGGACUACAUGUUCAGAACAAAAGAUUACAGAGGAGACUUAGACAGAUUAUUUUUAACUUUUAAGCGGCCCUUUAAGAAGGCCUCUAUUUCCACUAUAAGCAGAUGGAUAAAAGAAACCUUAAAAGAUAGUGGUAUAGACAUAUCAGUAUUUACAGCAUAUAGUACUAGACAUGCUUCGACUACGGCUGCAGCCAACCGAGGAGUAAACAUUGAUGACAUAAGGAGAACAGCAGGUUGGACCGCUCAAUCACAAACUUUUGCUAAGUUUUAUAACAGACCUAUAAUUAACCAAGGAGGCUUUGCAAGAGCGAUUAUUCAGUGAUGGUUUAUAAUAAUAGUACUUAAUAUUAAUAAUAUAAAUAAAUUAAUAUUUGAGUUGAGUUUGUUGCUAUUACCAGUCAGAGAGAUAAUUAGACUGACUAGAAUAAAUAAUAUGUUGGGUAUUUUUGUAAUAAAUACAAGUUGAUUUUUAACACA